GACAGUGAUGAGGAAGAUGAAGAUGCUGAAAACACAGAAGCUGUAAGCGUUGGGAAAAUCAGCAGGAGUCCAUCCCCAGCUCCUCAAGAGGAGCAAAGUGAACCAGAAAUGACAGAAGAAGAAAAGGAGUAUCAAAUGAUGAUGCUGACAAAAAUGCUGCUGACCGAGAUUCUCUUAGAUGUCACAAAUGAAGAAAUUUAUUACGUGGCCAAAGAUGUUCACCGUAAAGCAACUAAAGCUCCUGCAAAACAGCUGGCACAGUCCAGUGCACUGGCUUCUCUCACUGGACUCGGUGGACUGGGUGGUUAUGGAUCAGGAGACAGUGAAGAUGAGAGGAGCGACAGAGGCUCUGAGUCAUCUGAUACUGAUGAUGAGGAAUUACGGCACAGAAUCAGGCAAAAACAGGAAGCGUUUUGGAGAAAAGAGAGAGAACAGCAACUACUACUAGAAAAACAGCUAGAAGAAGAAAAGCUACAAAAUGAAAAAGUUUCAAAAGAGAUGAAUGAAUUCAUCAACAAAGAACAAAACAGUAACUUGGCAUCACAGGAGGCAAAAGAACUCGAAGCAGAUAUGGUUCAUGAAAAGAAAAGAUCUCCAAAUGCAAUCGCCCCUGAUACAGAACUCAAAAAAGAGGGUAAAGAGAGGGCAGGAAGGAGUGGGUCGAGAAGCUCAAGCAGCGGUAGCAGCAGCAGCAAUAGCAGAAGCAGUAGCAGUAGCAGCACAGUAUCCAGUUCCUCCUAUAGCAGCAGCUCAGGUAGUAGUCGCAGCUCUUCACGUUCUUCCUCUCCUAAAAGGAAGAAGCGACACAGUCGCAGUAGGACACCUUCACAUAAAGUUAGGCGCAGCAGAAGCAGGAGUUAUUCCCACAGAAACAGGAGAGAGAGGAGUAGGAGCAGGGAGAAAAUAAGGGAAAGGAGGAGAUCUAGCAGAAAUCGCAGUGCUGACAGAGGGGAAAGGCGAAGAAAUCGGAGUCCCUCGAGAGAGAGAAGCUGGGAUAGACGUAGAAGUAGCAGCCGUUCAAGAGACCGGCGAGCCAACCGGGCGAGCCGCAGCAGAAGCAGGGAUAGGCGUAAAACUGAAGACCAGCGUAGAAGCCCCGCUGGAAAUAGGCACAAACAUAAAAGUGAGGGUAAAGAUCAAGAACGGAAGAAGGAGCAGGGCGGAGGGGUAGAUAAAGACAGAAAAAAGAACAGAGAAAGGGAGAGAGAUCAGGAAAAGAGAAAAGAUAAGCCCAAAAAAGAGGAAAAAGAAAGUAAGGCUGGCAAUCAUGACGACAGUAGGUUAAAGAGAAAAAGAGACAGCGAAAGAACUUUCACUCGUGGUGAGACAAUAUGUGUGAAAAUAAUAAGGCAGGAUUCCAGACAAGAAAGCAAAAAAAUUUCUACCAAAGAUAGCAAAAAACAGUCAGGCUCUGAAUCUAGCGCGAGGAGUAGUUCUGAAUCACCUGGGAGCAGUAAAGAAAAGAAGGCUAAGAAAUCGAAGCAUAUUCGGUCAUGCUCCAUGGAGAAAUCUCAAAGGUCUGGUAAGAAGGCAAGCCGCAAACACAAGUCUAAGUCGCGAUCAAGAUCAACAACUCCUCUUCGUCGUAAACGCUGAGGAAUUAUUAUGGCACCAGUGCUAUGACGUUUACAAAUUCCAUGAGUUAUAAAAGGCUUGUCUCAUUAUAGAGGCACAUUGUGGCUAUGUAGGUGAAACCAGAAUCCUUUUUUUAUCUGUAAAUAGGUGUAUUUUUUCCAAAUGCUGCUCAGAAUGAAAUACCUAAUAGGAUUUCUUUGUAUUACAUUUUUUCAAGAACGGUAGUGCUUAUUAAGAAUAUAAAACAUGCCAUUCUCUUUCAGCUGUAAUGUUCUUAAAAUUACUAUUGAAUGUACUGUGAUGUCAAUAAAGCUCUUUAGUUCAUUUUUUGUUUAAAAUUCUUGCACCUGAAUUUUGUGUUAAAUUGUAGAAAGUACUUUUAAAAAAAGACAGAAAAGAAAAACGCAGCUUUUUGCUAUAACAAAUUUUUAAAGUACUUGAAAAAGAUUUUAACGUAAAACACUUGUCAAAAUACGUUAUCCAUGGACAUGAUGAGAUUAAUUUAUGGGG